CGCCGGCUCCGCAGCCUACAUCGUUCCCCCCCCCCUUCAGUUGCCGUGGAGACGGAGACGCUGCGUUGAGACUGAGGGGUUCUUUAGCAAGACUUUGAAGAGGGGGAAGCAGGAGGUAAAAGAACAUCUUGGUCAGACCCCCACCCCCACCCCCGACCAGAAACUAAUCAUGCUAGGGAGCCCCGCCAGUUACGGGUACUUGGAGCUGGGACCCACAGAUGUCUUGGAGCGUAAAGGCUCCCUCACUCUCCGCUCCCACCACAAGAACUACUCGAAGCCGGUCCUGGUGUAUGGCUGGCAUGUUGACAGAGAAGGAUAUCCCAAAGAUUAUGAUAUAAAUCAAAUUCCUUUUGGCUCCAAAAAUCUAUGCAAUUCAAGUUACCUGAGAUAUGGAAAUGAGGAUACUAUGCCUCCGGUGUCAGAAACACAUGCUGAAAUGGUGAAAACUAUUUUCUGUGAAGACUUUGGGGAAAGAAAAAGUUUACCUCUGCUGAAUAAGAACACAAUAGACCUUGGGAUUAUUGAACGGGAUCUUGGAUUGCCCAAAAGAGGCUUUGGAGCCCUCUUUCCUCGACACCCACCAGAUCACCGUAGAAUGGAAUGGAUGACAUCAUAUAAAGAAGACUUUGUUCCUCCCUAUGACUAUAUGAAAGUUAUUCAGCCUCUCCAAGACAUGUACUCAGUAGUUCACCGAAGAUGCCGUUCUCAGUUCGCUGAUGUUGAAGGUUAUAAAAGGCCAGGUAUCCAUUCAUGGCAAGAUGAGAGUGGGAUUUAUGGCAAUUCAGAUUUAAGACAUACCCUCUUCCCAGCAGUCAGUCCUAUCCUCCCUUUCCUGAAAUAACACACUGUGUCUUCUGUGCAAAAGUACCUCUUUCACUGCGUUUCUUGUGAAAGAGCAAUAAACAAGUUAAUGGCUUA